GACUACCCAACCUCAGGAAGCGAACCCUCUUUCUGAUCACCAAGCGGGAAUCUUCUAUGUAUUCCCCUGAGUGCCACCUGCACCGGGAACCGAAGGCCCGGCCCACACCGCCAGCCGCCGCGGGCCUGCGCCCCGGGCCGGAACCAAAGCCUUGGGUGCGCGUUUCCGCCGGAGCUGGUCCGUUGCCGCCGCCGCUGCUAGGGAGGGCCGCAGCCAUGGCCGACACCGCCGCGCCGCCUCCGCCCGCCCCUCCCGCUCCGGGGCUCCCGGCUGCCCCCGGCAGCAACCCGCUGUCCCGCAAGCUCAACAAGAUCCUGGAGACUCGCCUGGACAACGACAAGGAAAUGCUGGAAGCACUCAAGGCUCUCUCGGCCUUUUUUGUCGAAAACAGCUUGCGCACUCGAAGAAACUUGCGUGGAGACAUUGAACGACGAAGUUUAGCCAUAAAUGAAGAAUUUGUCCAUAUAUUCAAGCAAGUUAAAGAGGAGCUUGAGAGUAUAAAUGAAGAUGUGCAAGCGAUGAGCAGCUGCUGUGAAGAUAUGUCCAGUCGUUUGAAGGCAGCAAAGGAACAAACGCAGGACUUGAUAGUAAAAACCACAAAACUCCAGGCAGAAAAUCAGAGACUAGAAAUGAAAGCACAAGUUGCAGACGCGUUCAUAGCAAAAUUCCAACUGACGCCAGAUGAAAUGAACGUCCUUCGAGGCACAAAAGAUGAGCCAAUUACUGAGGAUUUUUUCAAGGCUUUGGGAAGAGUAAAGCAAAUUCACGAUGAUGUCAAGAUUCUCCUCCGGACAAAUCAGCAAAGGGCAGGCUUGGAAAUUAUGGAACAGAUGGCUUUACUGCAAGAGACCUCUUACGAGCGACUUUACAGAUGGACUCAAAAUGAAUGCAGGACUUUGACACAAGAAUCAUGUGACAUUUCUCCAGUUCUCGCUCAAGCUAUGGAAGCCUUACAAGAUAGACCUGUCCUGUAUAAGUACACAUUGGAUGAGUUUGGAACAGCUAGGAGGAGUGCUGUAGUCCGUGGCUUUAUAGAUGCUCUUACUAGAGGAGGUCUGGGAGGUACUCCCCGCCCUAUUGAAAUGCACUCCCACGAUCCUCUGAGGUACGUAGGAGACAUGCUGGCCUGGUUGCAUCAAGCUACAGCUUCUGAAAAAGAACACCUAGAAGCUAUGUUAAAGCUUGUAACUAUUCAAGGUGUGGAAGAAAAUAUUCAAGAAGUAGUUGGGCACAUCACAGAAGGUGUCUGCAGGCCUCUGAAGGUUAGAAUCGAGCAGGUGAUUGUUGCUGAGCCAGGAGCAGUUUUACUGUACAAGAUUUCUAAUCUUCUCAAGUUCUACCAUCAUACAAUCAGUGGUAUUGUAGGAAACAGUGCAGCCACACUGUUGACAACAAUUGAAGAAAUGCAUUUGUUGAGCAAGAAGAUAUUCUUUAAUAGCCUGAGUCUUCAUGCAAGUAAACUAAUGGACAAGGUUGAACUCACACCUCCUGAUCUUGGCCCCAGCUCUGCACUAAAUCAGACACUUAACUUGCUACGGGAGGUUCUAGCAUCUCAUGACUCAUCUGUUGUUCCACUGGAUGCCCGUCAAGCUGACUUUGUGCAGGUUCUGUCUUGUGUGCUAGAUCCGUUGUUACAGAUGUGUACUAUGUCUGCUAGCAAUUUGGGCACAGCUGAUAUGGCAACCUUCAUGGUAAAUUCGCUUUAUAUGAUGAAGACUACUUUGGCUCUCUUUGAAUUCACUGACAAGCGUCUAGAAAUGUUACAGUUUCAGAUUGAAGCUCAUUUAGAUACACUUAUAAAUGAACAAGCUUCCUACGUGUUAACAAGAGCUGGUCUAAGUUACAUAUAUAACUCUCUGCAGCAACACAAACCAGAACAGGCUCAGUUUGAUCGCUAUCUCUCUGCUCCAGAUAGUCUGUUAAUGUCCCAGCUAAAUUUCCUUCUGAGUGCCACUGUGAAGAUUUCCACACCAGGAGCCGUGAAGCUGCAGUCCUCUAAUUGCUCAGUUAGAUGGAUGACCCAUAAGCAUUGUAGUAAAUGGAAUAAUCCUGGGUGUCAGUACCGCGUUCGUAUUCAGCCCAGUUCCUGCAGGUCUGGCUUGAGCAUCGCAGUGCGUGAAGAGAAGCUCACCUGGCUGGGCUGAGUAAGUCAGCACCUCUGCUGUUGGUCCUUAAACACUUGACAAGGAGGGGCACGCCUUCAAAGAGCGAGUCCGUUAUUCUGUGCUGGGCACCAACAUGCUUGGGAAAACUGGGUAAAGCAAGGUGUUUGAGCGCUGCCUGUGGUGGGCACCGCUCUCCACGUUUGACGCUCUGACAACACAAUUCUGAGAACAGAUGUGUGAAAGGCAUCUUUUUGCAUCGUCGUCCGAUGCAAAGAGCACUUCCAUGGGAAGUGGGAGAGCUGGGUUCUGGGCCAAAGGAGUUUGGAAUUGACAUCUCCCGCCUUCCUGGAGGAGGGGAACCCUUGGCUCUUGUGGAGCAUGAGAUGGGGCAGCUCUGUUUCUUUUCUUUAAUUUAGCAGCUGUGCAUGAAUCAAUGCAAAAUAUGGGAGGCAUGAGAUAGAAUAAGCAAGGAGGAGUUUGGCCCUGUGGCAUGUACAUGAGGGAUCUCCUGAGGACUCCAAGGUCUAGAUCUCCCUCCAGUUGUUACUUGGGGACCUUAUCUUUGACCUCCAAUACAUGAGUCCCUGAAACAGAAUCAGGAUCCCAGGACUUUAUCACCUACAGAAUAUCCAGCAAACAGCAAGCUACAGAGUUGAGUUUGGGUUGGACCCAAGGUGGUUCCUCCGCACUGGUGACAAUGCCUCUGUGUUCAGUCCUAUGUGUACAAUUUUCUCCUCCCCUCUUUAUAAAUACACACACCAUUGUGGAAAUAAAAUAUAAAAGUUGUUUUGAUUAUAGCAAGCACACAGCAGACCAGCCACAGUGUUUUUUUGUUUUUUAUUAUAGGAAAAGAGAAGCGUAAGGAGGUUUGGAAAGGUGAUAAUACAUUUGUUUUGCAACGUUUAAGAGUGCUCCUCCCUAUUCUCUGAGAUUUAUGACUCUAGCCCUGCAUUUUGUCUGUUAAUAGACUCAGCUGUAAUUAUUUUUAUUAAAGUUUUUGAAAUAUGUGUUGGAGGAAAAUACUUUCAGAACCACUAAACUUUUCCAUUCAUUUAAAAAACUGUAUCUGAAUUUUGAUCCCUUUGCUUGCCUUGCUGAGUCACUUUGCAGGCAACCCAGGGGGUGGGAAGCUUAUAAAAUUUUGAAAAUUAAACGAAGGGGUUAGACAUAUUUCCAUGAGUAAAACACACCCUCCAGAAGCAACACAGACAUGGGUGUGGGUUUGUUUGAAAUCCACUGGCACCUGCUUCUGAGGGAAAAUACAGGAAAAGAGACAUUUGCUUAUGAUGAGGGCACCCAUCCAAAACAGCCAUGGUAGGGUUAGAUGCCGUAAAUUGAUGUUAAAUUGAUGUUAUGUUUGAAUAGUUCAGAGAAUUUUCAAAAUGCAGAUUAGAAGAAACUGGCGGUGGAAGUAAAAGGUAUGUCAGGUGAGCUCCCUCGCACAUUGGAUUUACUUGUUAAAGGUUUGUAGAACCUCUGCAGCUUUUCUCCACUGCUUUUAAGCACUUGGCAAAUUAGACUUCAAGACAAUCCUGCAACAAUUCUAACCCUUGGGUAAUUCAGAGUAAAAUGAGGUGCUUUGAGUCAACCAGUGACGUACAAAGCCGUAGAUUUAUCCGGAGCCCAUUUGUUUCUUGAAAGAAUUUCAUAAACGUGGGAAAUGAACGUAUCGUGAACUUGGAUAUUUGUCCUGAAGAGUAGGAGAGGCAAUGCCCUUCAUAUGGCAGGGCAGGUCUCUCCAGCCAUCUGCUGCAUGGUAGGAAGCCAACUUCAGUUUUUCAGAAUCAAACUACUUCUUCAAAAGUUUUUUAACGGUGUUGUAAAGGUGAGCAUGUGCUCUUGUGCUGUGCUAAACCAGGUGUUUGCUGCCCAGCUAGGUUCCAGGGCUGGUGCUCCACUGGGGAUGUUCCCGCUAGCCCAGCAGAUGUGGUUACCAAAUGCCCAAAAGGUCGGUGACUCUUGUCACACAAAGGUCGUCUUCUGACACCCCAGCUCUCUACAUCCUUGAGUAAAGAGCCACUUCAUGCAGAGCUGGUGUAGGGCUGAAGUAAACCCAAGACACUGCUUCUGUCUUGGUCUUUGACUGACUGUUCAUCCCCUCAGAGAUGAUGCGGGUAAUUCUUCAGUAAUCUGCAGAAUCCUCUGGUGCAAAGCUAUGGAAAGACAAAGUGCAAGAGAGUCCUUUACACCUGAAAAUGUGCACUUAUGUACAUUAAUGUACAUAUCUUAUGUACAUUAAGGCCUAAAUGAGGGUAUGAACCCCUCAUGCUACAAUUGUCAGACUUUGCGUACAAUGCAAAGAUGAACCACAAAGGCUUUUCUCUUAACAAAAAGAAAUUUAUUUUGACUACCUUGCUUUAGCAGUAAGGAAACCUUGAUUGAGCAAGGUAUGGCUGAAAGGUGUUUCAUAGAUCACUGCAGAGCAGCUGACAAAAAAGAAAAAUACUGUUGCAUGGUUCAUAUUCAGAAAAUGAAGCUUUCAUUUGCUGCCUAGUUCACAGAUGUGGUAUUGUCAAAUUGCAGGAAGAUGCCUGGCAGACUGUAUCAUUGACUAUAUUUAGGGAGAAAAAAAAUUCAGAACACACUAUUUAUAGAAGCCACACAAAUAAGCACAGAGUUCUUAUCAGCCAAAGAUAACAUUAGUCAUGAUUUAUCAAAGUAAUCUUUAUUUUAUGGAAAAUGGAUAAUAGGGUGUAAUUUAAUCCUUUGUGAAUAUAAUGUAUAUUUCAAAGGGUUCUUUUUUGUCAAUAAAACCAUUUGUUGUACUUGUUAAACUAAUUAGUCUUGUUGCUGUUGCUUAUGACAGGAUAAAAGAUGCCCAUUAAUGAAAAUGGGGAGGAGAAGACGGGUUCGAAAAUUUGUGAAAUAUCUUGUAUUCCUUGCAAGCCAGUUUUCUGAGCAAACCAGGUUUCACCUCUUCCGCUGCAAGCCUGCAUUACCCAAGUUUGUGCAGAUGAUACACUUUCCUUUUUUAAUUGCAAAAUGGAUUACCCCCAAAAUUCAACUCAUCCCUGGGCAGUUCUACUGCUGCAGGCAUCAGGGGCUCCUCCGACUUCCCCGGGUACCGAUGCUGACGUGAGCCACUGCGCCUGCUGGCCCCGCAGCCGAGCGCAGGCAGGGAGGGUGACGUUCCUGGCCGCCUCUCCCUGCUCUUUGCCUCCUCCCUGCGUUUUUUCCACCAUGUGCAAACACAUUGCAGGAGUCACAGAGAAAGCGAGAAGGGAAGAAAACAGAGCUGCCUGGGUGCGUCCUGCGCCGGUCCCUGGCCGGGCAUGCGCCUUUCGCUGGGCAAGGGCAGGUUUCGCAGGGGCAGGUUGUGGGGCUGAAGCUGCGCGGAGCCUUGGCUCUGCAAGAGGCCCCGGCAGCGGUGCCAGGCUGCAGAGGCUGGACGUGAGCUCAUUCUCUGGAUCUGCAGUUGACCUUGAAAGAUCAGAGUCAGAAGUGGGUAAGAGUCAGAACAGGACACAUAUAUUAUCAUUUUUUUUUUUCCUUAGUGUUUUUGGUGUCCUUGUUUGUAGCCUAGGAGCCUUAUGAACUUUUAAUAGGAAUUUAUGAAUGAUUUUCAGAAGAUGACUCUUAAAAGUCUGGCUAAGCUCUUAAAGGUCCUUUGCCCUUAGAAAUGGCUCAGAAAAUGCCCCUCAGAAGGACCAAGUUAUGGGGAAAUCCUUAAAGAAAGCUCCUGUCCCUACUGUCUGUAUCAGUUCUGCAUGGUCAGCCCAGUUCCUUGAUUCUCCUUGUACCCUCCCUUGUAGAAACUGUCCAAAUAAAAUAUUUCUAAUCCUGAAUUACUGCACCCAGCAGUUUCACAGGUCCUCAAAUCUCCUGGACACAGAGCUGAGAAGAAGCCUUAGUUGUGCUUCCAGCUCCCAUGGCCCCACUGGAGAGAUCAUGGAGCAGAUCUUCAUUCUCCAGCCCUUCCCCACCUUGCUCCGAGGACACCUGCCUACUUCAGCAGGAGAGACUUCUCCCUGUUCACAAAGGACAGUGCUUCUGCUGCCUCUUACCACUGUCCCGAGUGCAGCUCACAGCUUCAGGUAGGGCUGUCCGGAUCCUUCUUGGCUGAAAAGAAAGAACAGGCAAAUUGGAAGACAAGCUGCUUGGCUUGUGUAGAGGAAAUAGAGCCUUCACUUCAGCAAACACUAAGUCAGAAAUUUGAUUGGCAUGGCCAACCAUUCUGCCCUUGGGUCAGGUGGCCCUUCUGCUCCAUACCUAAAUACCGUGGGAAUGACAAACAUUUAUCCCUAUGAGGAUCCAUCCCCACCUGCGGCUUGGGGAGAAACCUGUGCCUCAGGUCUGGUGCUCCUGUCCACAAUAGCAGAAUGGACUGCCUGUCUUCUUACAGCAAGGAGGAGCGUGCCCCAGGGACUUCCAGGAUAGUGGCACAAGCAAAUGCCAGGAGAUGAUCAGCUUGCCAGCACUUUGACUUAGAGAGGGCUCUGAAGCUGAGGAUGUUGUAGCAAUGUUGUCCUCUCUUCGGUUUCAGUAACAAUUUGUACUUGAACACGCUCUUGCACUGUUCGGUUUCUUUAUAAAAUACACUAAUUCCUUCAGAUCCCCUUCCCCAGGCCCUCUUAGCAGCACACAGGAAUCUCACAGAAAUGAUAAAAAUGUGUCAGCUUUCUACUUAAAUGGGAUCAGCUUACAGAGUCCUUUGAUUUUUAUUUUUUUAUAUCCAGAAUGAGAAAAGGA